AUGGACCAGAAUGGCCGUCCGGACGUUCAGGUCGUCAUCAACGGCCCUUCCCAGUCGCAGCAGGCCUAUGGGGCGAAUAUGUCUCUCCAGAACCACUCCCGACCUUUGUCUGUGGAUGAGGCGCUGCAGUACUCUUCCAUGUCCAGUGCUCCCGUGUUUGGCCUUGACUGCAUCCUACGCCCUGAUAUAGGCCGGCCGUCCAACACGACAUCUAUCAACCACGUUCUACAAGCUGGUCGCAAUACCCUGAGUGAGCUGGACGCGGAGAUUCAGUCCGGACGGGACGAGUCAAGUCACCUGGAGACCUCUCGUGGAUAUCUUCAGCAGUUGCUGGAUGGGGACCAACUGUCAGAAUUCAAGUUCAAGCUUCCUCCUAUUCCCAAUCGCAGUCAACAUUCACGCUCGACUGCCUCAGAUGGCCCUCCCUCAUAUCGCAGCAACCUCGGCUCUUUCGCGAAGAUGAUGCUUGAUACCACGGAUAUUGCGUUUAGAUACCCCGAUGCCUCAUUGUCGAAGCCUGAAAUCGAGAAGAAAGAGUCGGGACCGAGAGCAGUACCUGCGUGGAAUCAGCGGGCCUACCAGACCAAUAAUUCAACACCCGCGUCCUUCGAACCGACCCAGCCUCAGCCUCCGUCCAGUCAGCUGUCCGUGGUGAUUCCAGUGAAACCCAUGCCUCCACAACAUAAUGAUCAGGCGAAUGCAAAGCGACGCAAGUUGAGCACCGAACGGGGGGACACAAUGACGGCAGUGCCACUGAAGGACCGAAAGGCGGAAGCGGAUGGCGCUCUGUUGAAACUUCAAGACCUUCUCCUUGAAGUAUUUGAAGCGGAAGACCAAAUCGAGCCGGGGAUUUCGAUUGCCCCGCCUGCUGACCGGCCGAACCCUGUCUUUACAAGUCCGAAUUCACUGGAUAUGCACGGUGCGGUACUUUCUUCCGACGCUCACAAUCGUCUGCAGAAGGCAAUUCGGAAAGUCGUUGGGUUUGAGAGGCUCCAGGACAUACCGUCGGAUUAUCUUAACCGAGUCCAGAAGCUCUGUGAGAAGCCCAUAGUGGCUGCUCAGAGUCCGGACCUCAGUUUGAACGACCCAUCCAGUGAAGUCGAGACCCAGGAGUGGCUGGGUAGAGUGGAGGAUGUGUUGAAUGCGCUUUUUGCUAUUGGGACUCUGCUUCAGACCAUGUCUGGUCGCCAGACAGAGCGGGAUCUCUGUCCGGAAGACAUCAUCGAGGCAAUUCCCGCUGUUCUGAACCAGGUCUUUGACCACUGUAUCAUUCCCGCCGUGGAAUCGCGUUCUGGUGGCAAAGAUGCCCAAUACUUUGCUUUCUUCUCGGCUCAGAAGCGGAUCAUUGGGAGUUUGAUUCAUCAGAGCAAAAAGGCCCUUGUUCUGUUCGCAGAUUUCUUGUCCCGAAUUGAAGUUUCUGAGGGCACCAUCACUGCUGCCGAGUUCUUCGCCGCCAAGUUGAUCUUUGUGGAAAAUGCGCACAACGACAAAGAUUCUACUUUAGGUUAUCAAAGGUACGAACCUGCCCGGCGUGGCGCGAUGGACGUCCUUGCGAAAAUCUUUUCCAAGUACCCCGAUCAACGUCCCUUCAUCCUGGAUGAGAUUUUGGUAUCACUGGAGAAACUCCCCUCGACGCGCCAAAGUGCCAGACAAUUCAAACUUGCAGAUGGCAAGAACAUCCAGCUUCUGACCGCAUUGGUUUUGCAGCUCGUCCAAACCACUGCUCUCGAGACGCCUUCGCGGUCUUCGAAAGCCAGGCGCCGAAUAAAGGCACCACAGGAUGAGGAUGAUGAGCCCAUGGACGAUGGUGAAGACGAGAAGAAACCUGAUUCUGAUGACGAUGAACCGGAAGAGUCUCUUGAGCAUCUGGCGUCCAAAGUCAACCGACUCUACGAAAAUGCAGUACGCAGCGCACAAUAUAUUGUCAAGUUCAUCGUCCAGCGCGCCAUGACAUCGACCAAAACUGGUGACCAACCGUACCGAAAUAUCCUUGACCUUUUCACCGAAGACCUGAUCAACGUGCUUGGAUCCACUGAUUGGCCUGCUGCCGAAUUGCUCCUCCGGAUUAUGGCAUCCCAUAUGGUUGGCAUCGCAGAUCUCGAUAAAAGCCCAGCAACGGCAAAGAGUAUGGCCCUGGAGCUCUUGGGGUGGAUGGGAUCUGCGAUCUCAGACUUGAUAGGGACGGCUCAGCACAUGCUUCCGGCUUUGGAGGACGCUAACAGUGAGCUUACCGAGUAUCUCAAACAGCAGUUUGAUGAGUUUUCUUCCCGUUCUUUGCACCCACAAGACUUGAUUGCUCCGAGGGGCCCUUACCGGAUGGCACUUGAGUAUUUGUUGCAAGACAGAAACUCGGACAACUGGCAGCUGACGAGUGCGUGGGGCUACUACUUGGCUCAAUGGGCCAAGAACGUCUGCACUCUCUAUUACAAUUCUGAGGACCAAGAGGAGACAGAACAUAAUGACAUGACUGAUGACUUGGUCAUUUUGCUGACGCGGUCAUUCUCAGACCCGCGCUGGUUGGAGGCCCAUAAGUAUUUUGACAAUAUAUCUAAUGUCCAUGGGAGAUUUGCCUAUAUCCUGACUGUCUUGAACUCAAGCUUCGGCAAGGCCCUGGACACAAUACUCAAAGUUCUUUUGAAUUCUAUCGCCAGCGAUCAAGCCAAGGUCCGCAGCCGUAGCUUGAAAAGUGUCAUCUACAUGCUCGAGAAAGAUCCGAAUCUCCUCGACAGAGAUGCCUCAGUUUUGCGUCUAAUUCUUCGAUGCACCACAGAUGCGUCGCCCAUGGUUCGAGAUUCCGCUCUGUCUUUGAUCGCCAAGUGUAUUGGCUUGAAGCCAAAGCUUGAGGAAGAAGGAUGCCGCAGUAUCCUUGCCUGCGCGGCCGACCAAACUGCUGGUGUUCGCAAGCGCUGCAUCGGGCUCCUGAAGGACCUUUUCCACAGGACAUCUCGACAUGAAUUGAAGUUGGCCAUUCUCGAUAGCUUUCUUCAACGCACGGGUGAUCUUGAAGAGAGCGUGGCAACAAUGGCUCGCCAGACCUUUGAGGAGAUUUGGCUCGUUCCCUUCCACGAAUCCAUUGAUUUUUCAUCGGAUGGACCGAAACUCAAGAUGGCACUAGGAGAGCAGGUUGGUCUGAUUGUGAGUCUGGUUGAGCGCUGCGAAACUGCACUGGAAUCUUUGAGCACAUGCUUGAAAUCCGUGCUUUCAGACAAAUCCAAGUCUGCCGUGCUGAACUUUAAGGUCUGCAAGGCGAUGGUGGCAAUCAUGUUUCAAAGACUCGUGGAAGAUGCCGAUGCAGCCGGCAAGGAGUUCCAGCAAGCCCUUCUCCAGACAAUUACAGUGUUUGCCAAGGCAAAUGCGAAGCUCUUCAGCCCGGAUCAGUUGGAGGCUCUGCAUCCCUAUAUCGGACACCUUGCCACUGCGGAUGAUCUCUUCAUCUUCCGUUCAGUUGUGGUCAUCUAUCGCUGUGUCUUGCCAUUCUUGUCAUCGUCACAUAACACCCUGCUGAAGGAAGUACAAAACGACCUGUUCAAGAGCGUUGCCAAGCUAGCCCGCUCCGAGCUGAACGAGGUAAUGGCCUGCUUGUGGACCAUCAAUGGCGUUUUGCAGAAUACAGACAGACUGGUGAAAUUGUCUGUUUCCGUGCUCAAGCCCCUACAGCAGUACAAGAGCGUCGAUCUCUCGUCGAGUGGCAAUGCAGCGGUCUUGGCCCGUGCCAAAAGCUACAUCCGAAUUGCAGGGUGUGUUGGACGGCACUGUGACCUUGAAAAGUAUGUGCCUCACUUCAAGAGCGCGUUCCAGACUUGGCCUGGAGGUUCUGUCGCGGGUCUUAUGGCUGAUUCUAUCAUCCCGUUUACUGGUUCCAACCAGCCUUUUGACUUGAGGGUCAUGGCGCUCGAAAGCUUAGGCUCUAUCUGUCAAUCAUGGCCUGGCCAGUUCGGCCGAGAUUGUACGCGGCAGACCUUUUCUCAGGUGUUCAAGGAGGAUGCCCCAAGCCUGCAGAACAUUGUACUUCGAUCUUUCGCGGAUUUCUUCGCCAUUCACGAGGGCAAAUCCGAAAAGGCCGUCAUGCCAACCGCCGAAGCUGCCGCCCAGGAAGAUUCCACUCGGUUGGGAGGGUCACUGAAGGCCAGCGAUAACGAUGGCGCCGCUGCUUUGAUUGCUCAGCAUUUCCUUCAUAGUAUGCUUCGAGUAGCGCAGUCUCGACAGGAUACAUACUCGCUGACUGCCAUUGAACUCAUUGCAAGUAUCAACCGGCAAGGGUUGGUGCACCCCAAGGAAUGUGCGGGUGUCCUUGUCUCACUGGAGACCUCGACUGUUCCUGCGAUUGCCAAAGUUGCGUUCGAUACGCAUAAGAUGCUCCACCAGCAGUAUGAAUCCAUGUUUGAGCGGGAGUAUAUGCGAGCAGUACAGGAGGCCUUCUACUACCAGCGAGAUGUCGUCGGCGACUCCAACGGCGCUCAUCCUCGUCCCUAUACUUCGAAGCUCGCUCCAUUGUUCGAAAUCGUCAAGAUCAGCAACAGUCGGUACCAAAAGAAGUUUCUCUCCAACCUUUGCGGCAAGGUCAACUUUGAGCUGAAGAAACUUGACACGAGUGGAAACCCUCCCGAACACCUCUUGCUGGCGCGCUUUGUGUCGCAAAACCUAGCCUAUUUUGACUACGGACAGUUGGCUGAGCUAGUCCCGACCAUUGUGUGCAUGGAGCACAUUGUCUCGUCGACUGGCACUGUUGUUGCCCACGCCAUUGAGACGGACAUAUUCCCCGUGCCGAUCCAGCCACCCCAGAUAGAGGGCCCAGCGGGCAUGAUGCCAGGAUUCCCGACAGAAAUCCCGGUGCCUCCCAGCAUGCCACCGCAGGUGAACCCAGUUACUCUACGCUUCCUGGCGAUCGCAGCCGCAUCGCUCUCUAUGCUCUGGGAAGCACGGACCUAUCUUCGGCGGCUCUAUGGUGUGCAUGCCCAUGGAAAAGACAAAGAGGGCAAGCCUGCCGCGAAAGACCUCAACAAAACUGCCACCAAGGUGCACGGGGUGACUGGUGAUAGAUUCUGGGAAGCUGUCGCCCGGAAUAUGGCAUCUUUGAACAGCGAGGAAGCCAUGCUGAAUAAGUGCCGGGAGUUUGCCACCUUGUUGGCUAUCGACGAGGAGUUCAAGGUGGAUCAAGACGAAGAUGCCGAAGGGGACCUCGAUGCCGCGGGAGACUUCGAUGACAUGACUGCCGGUCUUGCUAGCGGCUCUCGGCCUAUGAAACGCAAGAGCUCUGUCUCCAGUUCGAAUGUGAGCAAGCGACCAAAGGGCCGGAAGGGAUCAGUGGGAAAGAAGCGAUCCAGCACCGAGCCGGAUGAUGACUUGGCUUGGGACUGA